CGCAUAUAUAACUAUUAUGAUAGUUUAUCUGUACCAUAUAAUGUUUUCUAUUGUAAAAUAUAAUAUAAUUUGGGAUGAUUCCAUAUAAUUCACUGAUAAAUGCCAAAGAUUGAGAGUUCAGGGGCUUUGCGCAACCCUCUGCUAUUUGGUUGGAAGAUAGAUGACCCAAACAAUGAUAACUUACUGGGAUGUGUUAAGCUCAUUGAAAGUUUAGGAAUCUCGUUUUUGGUUUUGGAUUUAAACACUCUGUCAGCUAAAUUGGGAUCGAAUGGCGCAUUUCAACACCUAAAUCACGUAGAUAACUCUGAAUUUUGCCAUUCAGAAGAGUUUAAACUAUUAAUUGGGUUCAGUCCCUUAGGGAAAAGUGAUUUGGCUCUCCCUAACGAGCUCUGGUCACAGAGAAUUGUAUCGUUCAUUCAGACUAGUGAUUUUAAAGUACUCAAAACUCAAAUUGAAUGGUCCUGUUAUGUCUCAUCUCGCUUUAUUAUGAUUGAUCUGGAGUCCGUAUUAUCAAAUUCACCAAUUGAUAUGGUUAAUAGUGUACCGGGUAAAACCUCUAAUAGUCCAAAUCAUAGCAACCUAGAAUCUGAUAGUUAUGAAUUAAUGGACAAGUUGGUGCUAUUUUGUCAGAUUCUCUCAUCAUAUUUAACUCAGCCUAAUUUGCCAACAGUAUGCAUAUCAUUGGACUGCUGUAAAGACUCCUUAAAUACAUGGAAUAUGAUUUACGAACUGUGUGGUUAUAGUGAUAAGGUGAAAGUGUGCCUAAAACUCCAACCAGUGGAAACUGAUAUUGAAAUGUGGCUUUCUGAGCCAGUAAAGUGUGUAGUUUUAUCUGAGGAUACAUUCUUAAGUAAUAAAAGGGUAAUGCUAAAUAAGUCAGUCUCAAACCAACUCUCAGUACUGAUGAAAAAUAAUGUGAAAAUUGUUUUAGAUUCUAAUUUAAACUAUAACAGCCUCAUAAGCAAUGAUUGUUUUAUUCAAAACAACAAUGAUAGUGGUAAUUUUGUGGAAGAGGUUGUUAUGCGGGAUUUUGAGAGUGAAAUUGAUGUUAAAGAUGUGUUGAAGGCAGUUAAAAGAUGUUACUCUAGGAUUGGUCCUUUGACUAUUAAUGAAUUGUAUGGUAGAGGUUAUGAAGAUUUACUUCAGGUACCACUUCAGCCACUCAGGGAUAAUUUGGAUUCCUCAACCUAUAACGAGUUUGAAAAGUGUUCUUUCAAAUACAACUGCUACGAUCAAGCAAUUUCUUCCUUUAUCACAACCAAACACGGUGAAUUGAACCAACCAAAUAAUUUAAACAGUAAUAUUAACUACUCAGUAUAUGUGUUGGGAGCCGGUAGAGGUCCAUUGGUGGAGGUUGUAAUGGAUGUUUUCAGGAGAAAUCACAUCCCAACGAGUGAUUUCGUGGUAUAUGCUCUUGAUAAGAACCCCUACACAAUGUUAACUUUGGAUCAUAAAGCUCAGAGUAAUAGGUGGGCAAAUGUUAGGCUAAUUUGCAAAGAUAUGAGAGAACUAAACAAGAGUAUGUUUCAGUCCAACGGCAACAGUGGGUCUAAACCAGUUCAUUUAGUAGUUAGUGAGUUACUGGGCCCGUUUGGUGAUAAUGAAUUGGCCCCUGAAUGUUUACACGGAUUUGAAAGGUCAUUUAAUUUACUUUUUAAUAACAGGGUAAGGCUUGAGUUUAUCCCUAGUAGUUACACUUCAUAUGUGAUGCCACUGCACUGUCCUCAAAUUUGGGCAAAAAUCAAGUCAUUUGGGAACACUAAAAACUUUCAUAUGCCAUACACAGUUUACUUGAAAGCAUAUUAUAACGUUGGUACCAUGCAUAUGGACUGCUUUAAGUUCGAACACCCUGAUACUCAACCCCCUAAAAGAGAACAAAUUCGUGAUCUUGAGAGAUAUAAAGUAAUGAAAUUCAUUGCUAGAAGUGAUUGUUAUGUUCAUGGGUUUGGAGCGUAUUUUAAGUGUACUUUAUUUGAUAAAGUGGAAAUCUCUAUACUCCCACGAGAUUCUGAAAACGUUAAAAGCUGGUUUCCUAUGUUCUUUCCCAUAGAAAUACCGUUCCCAGUAAAGAAAUCUCAGGUAAUAACACUCCAUAUUUGGAGGAAGGUCAAUGAUCUAAAGGUGUGGUACGAAUGGGCCUUUACAACCCCUUACACAACAGCAAUACACAAUGUUAAUGGACACUCAUAUAGUAUAUCCAAGUGUUAAUCUAUUUAAUUUGUUAUGUAUGAUUUUAAGUGUAUGUAUAUAUUGAUUGUGUUAUAAGCAACAAAGUCUUUAAAUAAAAAAUUGUGAACGUGGAAUCUUGAGGGUUUAUGGAAAAGAAUAAUUAAC